UUUCCAACUUUGUUGAUAACAAAAAGCUUCAAAUUUUUGAACUUUCAAUUUUCUUCAGUUCUCCUCUUGAGAAAUUGUGUUGCUGUGAAACUUCUAUUGGAAUUUAAAUGGUGUCACUACAAUUUCCUACUCUAUUUCUCAUACUGUGUUGCGCCAAUUUAUCAAAUGUUAUGUGUCUUGACUGUACAGCAAAUCACAAACAAAAUGGCUGUUUUGAAUGGUACCCAAAUAAUACGCUUGUAUGCUAUGGUACUAUUGGAUUCAACAAUGAACUACAGGGAGCAUAUUAUAACAAAAACAGACUCCAUCUUCUGCUAUGCAAUUUGGAGCAAGACGUUUUAAAUCUUUCAGAAAUUUCACAUCAUUUCCUAUUCUUGGUAACUCUUGACGUACAUAAUAGUAACAUUACAACAAUUGAUCAUAAUGAAGCUGCUGAUGGAACUCUCCCAUAUCUUCAAGUUCUAAAUGUGUCUCACAAUGAACUGCAAAGGAUAAUGCUACCUCAUUUACACGCCCUGGAGAGACUAGAUUUGAGGCACAAUAGGUUUACAGAUCUAAGGGCUUAUGACCUUGUGAAUCUUCCUAAUUUGCGGAGCAUCUUAUUAGCAGGCAAUCCUUGGGAAUGUGAACAGACCAUGCUUUGGCUUUUAGAGCCCCAAAAGUAUUCGCUGUCAAUUCAACAAACCAAUGAGAGGAUGACAUGUGCAGGGAAAAGUAUAAUGGUAAACAAGUAUUGGGAGUUUUAGGUAUGAAAAAGGUUCUGGAAGCCACUUGUCCUGUGGUGUGUACUUGUUCCAUUGAUAAAGUGGUUGGGAAUCUGAUACCAUUGAUAACAGUCGACUGCAGCCAUAAAGGUUUGACCGAAAUGCCAAAAACCCUACCACUCAACACAACCACCUUGAGACUCCAGAAUAAUAAGCUCACCGAUGUGAUGCCUCUUGUAAACAAUACCGACUAUUUGAAUGUCAAAGAUGUUUAUCUUGAUUACAAUAAAAUCGCUUCAAUUGAUGUGCUAGAAGGAUCAAAAUGGUUGGAAAGUUUCAGGUUACUCAGCCUGAGGGGCAAUUAUCUGACACAGGAUCUGAUACUGAAAUAUGAAUCCUAUGUGAAAGACAUAAAUGAUAUCCGUUGUGAAAUCUCUGAGAACGAUGAAACUUCCAACUUAUUGAUCAUUUUUUGGCUGUUGAAAUGAUGGCGAGACGGUCGAAAGUAGGCUAACCACUACAGUCAG